CGCCGCGGUGCCCGCUCCUCCCCGCGCCGCGCCCGCCUCGCCUCCUCCGCGGCGGGCCCCCCUCGCAGCUGCGCGGCCGCCGACACCGAGGCAGGCGCGAGCCAUGGAGGGCAACCGCGACGAGGCGGAGAAAUGCGUGCAGAUCGCUCGCGAGGCCCUGAGCGCCGGCAACCGCGACAAGGCCCAGCGCUUCCUGCAGAAGGCCGAGAAGCUGUACCCGCUGCCGGCCGCGCGCGCAUUAUUGGAAAUAAUUAUGAAAAAUGGGAGCACCACUGGAAACAGCACACAUUGCCGAAAACCCCCAGGGAGUGGCGACCAGAGCAAGCCCACCUGCACAAAGGACAGCUCGCCCAGUAGUGGCGAAGGUGGGAAAGUCUACACCAAAGACCAAGUAGAUGGCGUUCUCAGCAUAAACAAAUGUAAAAAUUACUAUGAAGUUCUCGGAGUUACGAAAGAUGCUGGUGAUGAAGAUUUGAAAAAAGCUUAUAGGAAGCUUGCUUUGAAGUUUCAUCCAGACAAAAACCACGCCCCGGGAGCCACCGAUGCUUUCAAAAAGAUCGGAAAUGCUUACGCGGUUUUAAGCAAUCCAGAGAAACGAAAACAGUAUGACCUCACAGGCAGUGAGGAACAAGCUUGUAAUCACCAAAACAACGGCAGGUUCAACUUCCACCGUGGCUGUGAAGCCGACAUAACUCCAGAGGACCUGUUCAAUAUCUUUUUUGGUGGUGGAUUCCCUUCAGGUAGUGUCCACUCAUUUUCAAAUGGCCGGGCUGCUUAUAGCCAUCCGCAUCAGCACGGACACAGUGGACACGAGAGAGAAGAAGAAAGAGGAGAUGGAGGGUUUUCUGUGUUUAUCCAGCUGAUGCCAAUUAUCGUAUUGAUCCUGGUGUCAUUGUUAAGCCAGCUGAUGGUCUCCAACCCUCCUUACUCCUUAUAUCCCAGAUCUGGAUCAGGACAAACUAUUAAAAUGCAGACAGAAAACUUGGGCGUUGUUUAUUACGUCGGUAAAGACUUUAAAAGCGAAUAUAAAGGGGCGCUGUUACAGAAGGUAGAAAAGAGCGUGGAGGAGGACUACGUGACCAACAUUCGAAACAACUGUUGGAAAGAAAGACAGCAGAAAACAGAUAUGCAGUAUGCAGCAAAAGUGUACCGUGAUGAGCGGCUGCGGAGGAAGGCAGAUGCUCUCAGCAUGGACAACUGCAAAGAGCUAGAGCGGCUGACCAGUCUCUACAAGGGGGGAUAAGCCGGAAGUCCUGCCUACUCCUUCUGAUAGACUCUGUCUUUUCUGUAAUUUCCUUUCGCAGUGAAGCCGAAGAAGAUUUGAUUAAAGACUAAGCUGAGUAGUUGACUCCUGAAAUCUUGGACUGUUAAUGACCUACUGGCUCAUUUCAAUAGUAAGAACUGAAAACUAAAUAUUUUAGUAUGCUUCCGCAAUUACUUUCACUUUAAAACCUUACGUGAUUCCUUACGAUGUCUGGAGAGGAUUAUCACACCUGUAGCAAUUGCCAGUUCUAGUGAUUCUCCAUUAUUCCUUUAACAUGUAAAUAUUUUUAGAAUGAUUUUGUGUA